AAAUCACUUGUAUAAAGCUAAUGGAAAUCGGUCGCGACGGUUACAUUUCGAACGGAGAAUUCGAUGAGCGCCAGGAACGUUCAUUUCUAGUCUCUAUAUGCAUGUGUAUAAGUGUACGUGUUUCUUACCGGCACAACAGUCAGCUCAAGUGAAAGUCUCAAAUGCACGUUCGAUAUUGACAGUAACGGCUCGAGUCUGACCAGUGCAUACACACAGUACUACACAACCUCAAAUCGUGUUUCAACGAAACAUUACAACGUGACUCACUUUCAGUGCAAUUUCAGUAAAAAAUUUAAGUGAUUUAAUUACUUAUUAGCAAUGAAUUUGUUACCGGAAAGCCAUCAACAGUUCAGCCAAGCUGAUUACUGGAAUAGUUUUUUCAAGAAACGAGGUGCCAAGUCCUUUGAAUGGUAUGGCGAAUUUUUAGAGCUGAGUAGUUACCUGCUCAAGUACGUAAAACAAAAGGAUGACAUUAUCAUUGUUGGCUGUGGUAAUUCUACUCUUGGAAUGAAUUUAUAUGAUGCCAAUUACAGGAGUAUUGUUAACAUUGACAUAUCGCCAGUGGCCAUUAAACAAAUGAAGGAGUUAAAUAAAGUUAAAAGACCAGAUUUGGUCUUCCAACAAAUGGAUGCGACAAAACUUGAAUAUAACAAUGAAAAAUUCAGUGUUGUUAUAGAUAAAGGCACUUUCGAUGCACUUAUGACUGACAGUAAAGAAGAAACUGUUGCAUUAGUUACAAAAUACUUGGAGGAAAUUAAAAGAGUGUUGAAAAACAAUGGUAGAUACAUAUGUAUUUCACUGUUGCAAGAGCAUAUUCUUAAAACUCUAAUUACUAAUCUAUCACAAAGUUGUGCAAUUCGUAUUAUAAGAUGUCACGAUGUUGAAUCUAAAGCUUUGGAGCAGAAUGAAAGUUCCAUGCCUGUAUUUAUGGUUGUUGCUACAAAAUUUAGCAAACUACCUGCACCUGUUUUAGAGACAAUAAUGUCAGAUUCUUCUCCUGUAAGGGUUUCCAGUAUUUAUGAAAUGAUCAACAAUGUUCACUCUGUACAAGAAGCUGCAUUUUUGAGCUAUAGUCUUAAAAAUAGUUCAACGGAUGAUGAAAUAUUCUUUCAUUUAUAUAAACCCAAUGAAAAGCAACCAAGAUACUCUAUCUAUAUUUUAGAUCAACCAGUGAAAAGAAUUAAAAGUUAUGCAGCAUAUUUUGUUCCACAGGGCAGAGAAGUAGAUUGGUUGUUUUGUACCAAGGAAGGAAGAAAGAAGUUGUUGGAGGCAACAAAGUACGAUAGAUUGAUGAUAGUGACUCUGAACCGAGGUCAAAAGUAUGAAAGUAUAGAAGCUGUUAACAGUGAACUCCAUGAAACCAUCGUCAACUUUGCUCCUGCAGAUUUGCGAAAUAAUAAAAUACCCAUUAUUUCGGAAGGUCCUGAUGUUGGCAAUAGAAAACUUCUUUAUACUGGCGAAAGUGAUUUUAGUGGACCAUUUGUAAUUGAAGAUUUAGAGAAUGAAUCUGGCCAUUUCAGAAGAUUGACUUUUUUGAAUAGCAAAUUGAUUGUUCAAAGUGAAGCUAAAUUAAAAACAAUUACAACAAAACGAAAGAAGAAAAAGUUGGUGGUAGAUCUUGAUUAUUUAUCCUGUGAACACCACCUUCACAUGACUGUUAGUUUAAAAGCGGCUACCCACAAUAAAUCUAAUUCUAAUGCUCUAAUAGUAGGCCUCGGAGGAGGAGCACUGUGUAUGUUUAUUCGACGAUAUGUUCCACAUGUAAAUCUUUUAACUGUAGAGAUAGAUAAAGCAAUAUUGGAUGCCGCAAAGAGUUAUUUUGACUUCAUUGAAGAUGAUAAAUCAAAAGUUAGAAUAGCUGAUGGUAUAGACUAUAUAACACAAGCUUCUUCAGAGGGAAGAAAGUGUGAUGCUAUACUUUUUGAUGUAGAUAGCAAAGAUAUGAGUCUUGGCAUGAGCUGUCCGCCAAAACAAUUUAUAGAACCUGAUUUUCUUCAGAAAGUCGCCAAUUGUUUAAGCGAUGAUGGAUAUUUUAUUUUAAAUCUUGUUGCACGUAAUGAAACAUUACAUAAUCAAGUAGUCAAUGACUUAAAAAAAUGUUUUACUUUUAUAUCAUCUUACAAAUUACAAGAUGACUUGAAUGAGAUUAUAUGUUGUGGAAAAUCUGUAAAUAACUUAGAAGACUGGAAGAAAUCUAUUUGUGAAGCAGCCAAAAAAAUUAAUCAACAAGUUAAAGCAAAAAGUGCCAUUUCUGAUGAACUAAUAGAUAUCGAGUCAAUUGAGACCGAAUUAUCUUUAGAAUAAGUGAUUAAUUUUAAUAAUUUUAAAGUUACAA